UUGGGUUAUAUUUUGGAAAGAAGUAUGCAGAGUAUUAUAAAGAAGGUUUUCGAAAUACGUAUGAAAAAUAUUAUAAAACAAAGAUGUCAGUUUCAUCAACGAAUUCAAAAGCCUACUAAUUCAACUGUAUGCUCAAUUUACCUACGAAUACACUUUUACACAAAUGUUAUACAGGAAAUUAUAAAAAUGCUUAUGGAUAUGAUUCAUCUAUACCUGCAGUCACUCCGUUCAGUCACUUUUGCGAUAAGUUUAUUAAUACUUCAGAAGAAGGGGAGAAGUUUCUUAAUAACAUGGGGUUAUAAUAAGAAGAAGAAGCAUAUUAUAUUAUAAAUUAUAUUACAUUAUAUUACAUUAUAUAAUACAUCUAAUUAGAAACACAUACUAGGUACACUAUAAUAAUCCAUAUUAAAAUAAAUUCAAUGUUUUCACCAAAAAAAUAUUUCAACCCUUACCGUAUGAUACUUAUAACAGGUAGCAAGUAUCUAUCAUUUAUUACUAAUAUAUCAUAUAUUUGGUGAAAAUUUAAAUAGUCUACAGUUAUUCGUGUUUAAAUUAAAUACAAAAAAUAAUUCUGUCAAAAAUUCGAUUUCCUCUAAGAACUCUCAUUAUUCCUUAUUUUUUUUUUGUUUUUCUCGACGCUUUCAAAAUUACUUGGAAUUUUCAAUUUCGACUUUCCCAAAUGCACCAACUAGAUUUACUUUUAUAUCAUAAAAUAUGGUGAUGUCAAGAAUUUGAGCAUUUUAACUACCCUAAUAGUGCUGACGGACAAAAAGCAAACACAUAAUAUUUUAAAAACAAUACAUUCAUCGCUAUUGAAUCUAAUAUCAGUCAAACCAUAUUAUUAUAUUAAUAUAUCAUACAUCAGUGCAGCAGUCUGUCUUUGCUGGUAUUAUAGAAUAAAUAUAUACCUCAAUAAUUAAGAAUGUACUUAUACCAAAAGUAAAAAUUGUUAAAAAAAAUUCUAAACUUCUAUUCUAUUAUUCAUAAAUCAUAACUAUUACUAUCCAUGAUUCGUGAACACGUUAUUAUCUUGAAAUCGCGAUUAUGACUACAGGAACGGCCAAAUUUGAGAUUCAUUUCCCCCCCCCUAGAUUUUUAUCCAGUUACGCCACUGUACCUCAUGAUUCACAGUCUAAGAAUUAUUAAUCGGGAAUACCUGUUUCACAGAUAAUUAAUUUAUACUGAUAUUUUAAUAACAUAUAGUUACGUACUUUUUGUGGCUGGAAUAAAAUAAAAACUGUAGUUAUGAAUUUAUAAAAAGGUAUUCAUAAUAUUGCUCAACUAAAAGAUCAUGGAAUCAACUACAAAUUAAAAAUACGUAAUUUAGAUAAAUACCGAAAUGUAAUAACUGAUGAGUGAUAAACAAUUUUUUUUUAAAGAACCAAAAUAUUCAUUAUAGGUACUUAACAUGUAUGAUGAAUUUAAUAUAUAGUAUGCAUAUAAUAAAAAUUAAAAAAAACUUACAUGUGGCAACUAGAAAUAAAGUUAUUUGUAGUAAUUUAUAAGUAUAAUAAUAAAACAUUUGUAAUAGGUACUGUUGUGAACCCCUGUCUGUAUGCUAUACGCAGUAUGAGAUAUAGUAAUAGUAUAAUAUAGUAUAGUGUGUAAGCAUAUUAAUAAUAUGUGAACAGACAGAGUCACACGGUCUUAAGGAAUUCGCUGUGUGGACAGUUUUGAUCCCAAGCGAGCCCCUACCGUGUAUCGCUGUCUGUGUAAUAUUCAGUGUAGUCCUGGCAGACCAUCUAGCAGAGCCUCUGUUGUUUUCUUAAGUCUAAUAAUUAUUCUGUGCAACUAAAUUUCUUUUAAAAUUGAUUAUAUUAAUAAAGUAUUAGUGAUAACUCAAA